AUGAUGGCAGAAGACUGGAUGGAAUUGAAGACAACAAAAGAGAGGGAUGUAAUGAUGGGACGAGCACAGAUUGCUAGAACAAUUGUUAUCAGCGGAUACGUUCUUAUGGUAUUGGCGUUCAUUGUGGUCAUCAUUCUUCCGUAUUUUGGCUUAUCAUUAAGGCAUUUGACAAAUCUCACGGACCCGGGCAAACCGCUGCCGCUGCAGACUUAUUAUUUUUAUGACAUAGAUAAGAGUCCGCAAUUUGAACUAACAUAUAUCGUUCAAGCUGUUACAAUCUUCUUGGCCGCUGUAACUUACACCUCGGUAGACGCUUUUCUUGGACUCACGAUCCUUCACUUCAGUGGUCAACUGGAAAACUUCAAAGGCCGGCAGUAUAGAAUCGAAUAUAAAUGGCAUACUAAACAUAUGCCAUUAUGGAUGGAUGCGUUUAAACAAAAGAUUUCUUUUUAUUAUCAACCUGAAGUUUGGGCUUCCUUAUUCAGUAUUAGCGCAAAAUUCAAGCUGGUGAUUACCGAAGAAAGUGAUUUCUCUUUCGCACGAUUAUGUUUUCCAUUAAUUGGUAUCACCAUUUUACUUUCGCAUACUUUUCUUUAUUGCGGUGCCGGGGAGAUUGUAAUAAUGCAAUGCGAAGAAGUAUAUCGUGCUCUGUGUGAUCUUGAAUGGUACAAACUAGAACCAAAAAAGGCAAGAAGUCUUAUUUUAUUAAUGAUACGAGCCAGCCAGCCCUUUCGCAUCACUGCAGGAAAAGUAUUUCCACUUACGAUGACCACAUUUUGCAGUUUAUUGAAAUCAUCGGCUGGUUACAUAUCAUUUCUAUUGGCAAACCGAAUAUGAAGAAUCA